AUGAGCGGAUUCUAUUUUGGAGAUUCGGACGGGUCAGAUAGUGACUUGAACGAUGAUAAUCUUCCGUUUCCCAAGCCAAUAUCGAGAACGUCCUUUCUGACGCCGGAUUUCGAUGCCACUACUUUCCUGGCCUCGCUGUCAAACCGCCACCAGUCGCUGGCUGAUCUACAGACCGAGCUUCGAGAGCUGAACGAGACCCUGAACAAAGAGCUUCUUGACCUUGUGAAUGAGAACUACCAGGAGUUUCUGUCCCUUGGGGCUGCUCUGAAGGGCGGCCAGGACAAGGUCGAGGAGGUUAGAGCUGGCUUGCUUGGGUUCCAGCGAAAUGUACAAGGAAUAAAAGACCAGUUCGAGUCAAAGAAGAAAGAGAUACAGGAAUGCCUCAAUGAGAAGAAACAGCUACGGUCAAAGAUUUCAGUUGGAUAUGAUCUACUAGAUGUUGCUGAAAGAAUUGAAUUGUUGGAGACACACCUCAUGAUUCGACCUGGAAAGGAUUCAACAGCAAAGGAAAAUGGAGCUCAAGCGGAAGACGAUGAGAGUGACGGUCUUUCAGAUGUUAUACUAGGAAGUGAAACAGACGAUAGCGAAGAGGAUGAAGAAGAGGACGAGAACGAGAGCGGAAACAAGGCGAGAAUAUCCCUUCGAAGGCUGGAGGCCCAUAUACAACAAUAUCUGAGCGUGAAGGUAAUGGCGGAUCGAAUUGGGGAGAAACACCCAUUCAUCUCCAGUCAUGCCAGCAGAGUCGAUGCCAUCAAGUCGGCCUUGCUUCUUGACCUGAGCACCGCACUAAAGGAGUCGAAUCAACUCGGAUCAAAGCGAGAUGAAAAGGUAUCUACAAUACUACGAUUAUAUGACUCGUUGGGACAUCAUGAUGAAGGGCAGCAAUGUUUGAAAAGGCUGGAACAAUGA